AUGGAAUCGGAUUUAAGCACUUCAUCGUUAUCUUCGUCAUCUCCAUCAAUGAAUACUAGCACUAAAGACGAAAAUUCAGCUGCAUUAAAUGACGUUGUUGCGGUUUCGAAUGGCGCAGAUACUCGUACACAUUUCUUAAAACAAACGGAAUUAAUUAUGAACUUCGGAUAUGCGGCUGCUAGAACUGUCUUUGAUAUGAGUACUGAUCAACAGAAAACUUUAUUGGAUCGUAUAAAUGACCCUGGUCAAUUAGCAGUAACAACUGAUGGACAUGAUCUUUUAUCGAAUGCAUUAGAAAGAAAUAUUUUAGAAUACGGUGAACUUGUGGAAAUGGUCUGUUCUUUAGCAAUUCGUGAAGAUAAUGAUGUUACUGUCAAUCGCUUAGCUGAUUUAUUAGCUGAAGUAGCAUUAGAAAAAAAGAAUUUGGCAUUUAUAGAAAAAAAGUUGAGAAUGAAAAACGAUUUAGUAACUACUCGUUUUCUUAAAAAAUGUUUGUGGAAAAUAGGAAUACUUAUUGGAAAAUUAAAUGUGGAUCAUUUUGAUAAUUCACUUGCAUUAUUUAAUCAACAUUGUUGGCAAUUAAUUACCACUUAUUGCGAACCGUAG